CUUCCCUCCGCCCCUCCACUACUCUCGGCCCUGGAAAUUACAACUCCUCGGCGCGCGGCGCCGGGAGGAGGCGGCGGCGGCGGCACGGGGACCGGAGGGCAUUCCCGAGCCAGCCGGGCGCUCGCCCUCCGCCCGCGGGCUGCCGCGUCGCGCGGCCAAGGUCAGAGGCGCCGCGGGAGCCGCAGCGGCGAACCGGAGCAGCGGGGCCGUCCUGGCCGCGGAAAGAAGGCCCCAGGGCGCGUUCGGCCCGCGUCGGCAGCGGCCGGAGAGGGAGGCGAGAAAAGGUCUCCGGGCCGGCGGGGCCCCCCGAGGUAGUCGCGGGCGCAGAGGCCCGGGCAGGUGAAGGCCCCCGGGUCCGCGAGAGCGGAGUUCGGGCUCCCGCCUCGGCUGCCAGGCGCUGUCCGCCGCCUCGUGGUGCUGAACCCAGCCCCACGGCCGAGAGGCCUGCUCGCCCGCCUUCUCACCUACAGAUCGCCCGGACUGGGGGUGGCCACCGGCCAGGGCAAAAGGGGCCCCUGGGCAGCUGCCCACUGCAACCGAGGGGCUGAAAGAGGAGAGCCAGCGAACCUCAGCCCGGCAGCCGGUCCUGAUGUGGAGGGGAGACGCGCGCAGCAGCCGGCGGCGGCGCUGGUGCUGAUUCAUCCCCUAAAGCAUCUCGCAGGCCACCGCGAGGGCAGCCGACCAGCUCCGGACUCUGGCCGCAGGUUGAAGCCGCUGGUGCAGGAGCCUCGCGGGCAGGAGGUGAGGACCCGCCCUCCUUCCUCUUGUCCCCAGUCGUCUGUGGGCGGUGCCCCCGGCUUGGGAAGCAGUCAUGCCCCUGUGAUGCGCCCGCCUCCCCUCUCGCUGGCGCUAAGCACGCUUGUUCGCCUCUGCCCGUCUCCGGGGCUUGGGCCGUUCCACCCUCCGCCCCGAGCCGCUCUCUCCGCCGGCGCAGCGAUGGAGGAGGAGCUGAAGUGCCCCGUGUGCGGCUCGCUGUUUCGGGAGCCCAUCAUCUUGCCGUGCUCCCACAACGUCUGCCUGCCUUGCGCCCGUACCAUCGCGGUGCAGACCCCGGACGGUGAGCAGCACCUGCCCCCGCCGCUCCUGCACUCCCGGGGCUCAGGGCUGCCCGCAGGCGCCGCCGCCGCCGCGCCCCCUCCGGACCACGAGACGCCGGCUGGCCCGGCCUGCGGCGGCGGCGGCGGCGGCGGGAGCGCAGCCGGCGGCGACCACGCGGACAAGCUGAGCUUGUACAGCGAGACAGACAGCGGUUACGGCUCGUACACCCCGAGCCUCAAGUCCCCCAACGGGGUUCGCGUGCUGCCCAUGGUGCCCGCGCCGCCCGGGUCCUCGGCCGCCGCCGCCCGGGGCGCCGCCUGCUCCUCGCUGUCCUCGGCCUCCUCGAGCUCCAUCACGUGCCCGCAGUGCCACCGCAGCGCCUCCCUGGACCACCGCGGCCUGCGCGGCUUCCGGCGCAACCGACUGCUCGAGGCCAUCGUGCAGCGGUAUCAGCAGGGCCGCGGGGCCGUGCAGGGGGCGUCCGCAGCCGCUGCCGUGGCCGUGUGCCAGUUGUGCGACCGCACCCCGCCCGAGCCGGCCGUCACGCUCUGCGAGCAGUGCGACGUGCUCUACUGCGCUGCCUGCCAGCUCAAGUGCCAUCCAUCCCGGGGACCCUUCGCCAAGCACCGCCUGGUGCCGCCGCCGCCGCCGCCGCAGCCGCCGCGCGCGCCCGCCGAGGCCGCCUCUGCGUCUCCAGGCGCCGCCCAGGGCGCCCCCAGCGCCGGCGGAAGCUGCAAGAGCCCGGGUGCCAGCGGCGCCGGAGCGGCGGGGGGCGGCGUGGCCCGCAGAUACCCUACGUGCCCUGACCACGAAAUGGAGAACUACAGCAUGUACUGCGUGAGCUGCCGAGCCCCGGUGUGCUAUCUGUGCCUGGAGGAGGGCCGGCACGGCCAGCAUGAGGUGAAGCCGCUGGGGGCCAUGUGGAAACAGCACAAGGCCCAACUGUCUCAGGCCUUAAAUGGAGUUUCCGAUAAGGCAAAAGAAGCCAAGGAGUUUCUAGUUCAGCUGAAGAACAUUCUGCAGCAGAUCCAGGAGAACGGCCUGGACUACGAGGCCUGCCUGGUGGCCCAGUGCGACGCGCUGGUGGACGCGCUAACCCGGCAGAAGGCCAAGCUGCUCACCAAGGUCACCAAAGAGAGGGAACACAAGCUGAAGAUGGUUUGGGACCAGAUCAAUCACUGCACACUGAAGCUGCGCCAGUCCACGGGGCUGAUGGAGUACUGCCUGGAGGUCAUCAAGGAGAACGACCCCUCCGGGUUUCUGCAGAUCUCGGACGCCCUGAUCAAGCGUGUCCAGGUGUCUCAAGAGCAGUGGGUCAAAGGUGCCCUGGAGCCCAAGGUGUCUGCAGAGUUUGAACUGACCUUGGACAGCGAGCCCCUGCUGCAGGCCAUUCACCAGCUGGACUUCGUCCAGAUGAAAUGUAGGGUGCCGCCCGUGCCCCUGCUGCAGCUGGAGAAGUGCUGCACCCGGAACAACAGCGUCACGCUGGCCUGGAGGACGCCGCCCUUCACCCACAGCACUGUGGACGGCUACAUCCUGGAGCUGGACGACGGAGACGGGGGCCAGUUCCGGGAGGUAUACGUCGGCAAGGAGACCCUGUGCACCAUCGACGGCCUUCACUUCAACAGCACCUACAAUGCCAGGGUCAAGGCUUUCAACUCCUCUGGCGUCGGGCCCUACAGUAAGACCGUCGUCCUGCAGACGUCCGACGUGGCCUGGUUCACGUUUGACCCCAACUCUGGGCACCGGGACAUCAUUUUAUCCAACGACAACCAGACGGCCACCUGCAGCAGCUACGAUGACCGGGUGGUGCUGGGCACGGCGGCCUUCUCCAAGGGCGUGCACUACUGGGAACUGCACGUGGACCGCUACGACAACCACCCGGACCCCGCCUUCGGGGUGGCCCGGGCCAGCGUGGUCAAGGACACGAUGCUGGGCAAGGACGACAAGGCCUGGGCCAUGUACGUGGACAGCAAGCGCAGCUGGUUCAUGCACUGCAGCUCCCACACCAACAGGACGGAAGGCGGCGUGUGCAAGGGGGCCACCGUGGGCGUGCUGCUGGACCUGAACGAGCACACCCUGACCUUCUUCAUCAACGGGCAGCAGCAGGGCCCUACGGCCUUCAGCCACGUGGACGGGGUCUUCAUGCCGGCCCUCAGCCUCAACCGCAACGUGCAGGUCACCCUGCACACGGGAUUGGAAGUGCCAACCAACCUGGGGCGGCCAAAGCUGUCGGGCAACUAGCCUCCCAGGCCCUGCUCUGCACAGCUGUCCCUCACUGCACUCACAUAACCCCGAGGGCAGCACAGCCACAACUUGGGUGCAACCCAGCAGCCAUUGAGCAUCUUAGAGACCCGCUUUCUUUGGGGGACGGAGAAUGAUCUGCAGGCUGUGCUCACUGCGGCCCCUGUCGGUGGUGAACACGGGUGUGUGUUUCCCCUCAUUCCACCCGCCGUCGCAAAUACGAAGAGGGACCUUUCUCAAGGGAGCAAGGAAGCAUUCGGGGUUUCAUUUUGUUUCCUGCCUUCCGAUUUCAAAGCUUGUCUUUUGUGGGGGCAAGAGGAGAGCAGGCUCUGAGACGUGAAUCCUGAGAGCAGGCGGCAGGGGGACGCUCGGGAAUCUCAUGGCCUCAGCAUCAAGUCUUUGCUGGACUCCGCUCCUUCAGAGAACCAAGGGUGCAGGUUCCCAUCUUUGCCAGGAAACGUUGUUAUCCUUUAGCUUUUCGGUUCUGGAGCCUUCCGUACGUUAUGCCACUUGCAGACCUAAUCCAGGAUGGAUAGAGAGGGAUGUUAAUCAUUCAUCAUGAUCUUUGCCGCUCUCGUUGAACUGUUGAGAACUUUUAAAAAUAGUUUCCUUAGGUCCUUCAUUAAUCCACCAACCUCUCUCUCUGUCUCUGUCUCUCUCUCUUUCACACACACACACACACACACACACACACCAGUCUGCUACAAUUUAUUCACUCAGUUCUUAAACACAAAAGAAAACACUGGAAUCUGAAUCACUAUGUGACGAGUCUCCACGUGGUGAUGGCUUUUUUCGGGAGCUGACUCCCCACGAAUUAGCUGCAAACCUGAGUUACUCUUCCGAGCUCGGAGGCUCUCAGACUCACGAGCGUAUGAGAUGGGAGACCCUUGGGAAUUCUCUCAUACUCAGUCCACCUUCACUUUGAGACCAUCUACUGUCAACGUGAAAGCAUCAUGAGAGCAAGAAGUGGCCCCGAUGGCAGGGGAGGCUCUGCCCUGACGGGGCGGGCAGGACUCUGCAGAAGGCAGGAAACAGAUGACAACAUCGUGUUCCUGGUCUCCCUGCUUGCCCGCCAGCCUGGGUGUGCAGAGCCCACGUGGCCAGGGCGGGGCUCUGGGGUGAGCCCUCCCCUGCCUGCUGGGAACGCUAACCUUCUGCCUUGAGUCCGCAGCCCGCCGCAGGGUCUGAGCCCGGAGCGGCCGCCGUCCUGGCCCCGGAGCCCCUCCCCCUCCUCCCCCGUCUCUUCUUCCUUGUCCUCCACCGCCUCCAUCUCCAACUGGUAGUACGCCUUUCUCUCUCCUUUUUAAAAGAAUAUAUUUUAUCAAGCAUUAUUUUUGAGGUCGAGGGGUAACUUGUCUAUUUGCUGGAUUGGAUUUUUAUAAAUCUUAGCCCGGAAACCGGCACCAACUGUGUUUACUCAGUUCUACCUGCUUGUUUAGACACUGCACUUGCUUUCCGAGUCAGCCCGGCCAGUGCUGUGCAAAUCCUACCCUCUAUUCAGCAGAUCCGACAAUCCUACCUCAAGCCCCCGCUCCCGGACGGAAGGCUGCGUGUCCGGCCGCGCCCGCAGGGGUGGCCUGCGUGGCCGGCUGCCCCGCGUCUGCAGGAGCCGCCUGGUGCUGUGUUCAAGCCCCGGCCGCCCAGGUCCUGCCAACCACCUGCUCGGUGCAGUCGAGGUCUUGCCCCAUCCUCCUCGUCCGGCGGGUGGUUCCCAGGGCACCCCGAGGUGCUCCGCAUCCCGACCCGAAGCCCCGGCAGGAGCCCAGCAGGUGAUGCGCACGGCCCGGCGCCCCGGCUGCCAGGUCCCCAUCCGCCCGGCCGCCUGUCCCAUCUCUGCUGCCACUGCCCUUCCAUCUCACUCCUGGGCCACGGCCCCGAUGGCCUCGGCUUGGAGGGUGCGGAAGGUUCCUGAAGGUUGGAGGAACCAGAGGAGGCACAGCCUUCCCGGGGCUGAGGGAGCCGUGGCCGGCAGGGCCAGAUGCGUCGGCUUUGGGAAAUGUCUUUUGGGAAAGAUGAGCUCGUGGGACCGGCCGGCGGAAGUGGCUCUUUUCGGUGGAGUCUGGGUGAAAGGCUGGGGAGCUCCCAGAAUCAUGGAAGCCGGGUGACCAUGCGGCCCUGGCCCUGCAUCUUUGAGGAGGAUCUCCUGGGCAUCAGCCUGGACUUGGUACCGGCCUUCAGAGAGCCAGCACCUGGGUCAGAGGGAGAUGGGAAAGGGAGAAGGGAGGCCGCUUUAGGGAGAACGUGACCUGCGGCUCAGAGAGAAGCCACCGGGACUCUCUCCCCAUGGCCGCGGCUGCCCAGAGGGGCUGUGAGUGCGGAACCGGUGAGCACGUGCCUUUCCCAGCUCCUCCAGGGGCCCAGAAGCAAUACGGCUGAUACUGGGGACCGUGUCAGGCUGUCCUACAGCCACCUCUCCUGUCCUCAGCACAAAACACCUUCUAGGAACCAGAACGGACCUCAGGGAGAAGGCAGGUCCGUGCUGCGCACUCGUGUUCUCGAGGAACCAGCAGACUGAAGAAGGGACUCGUCAACAACUCGUGGCCUUGGGUCACCCUCUCGAGAAGCCUGGGAUUCAGAGUAGAAGCGACAGGUCACGGGCUUCUCAUCUGCCAUCGAAUUCCCCGUUCCUUUACAAUGCGGUGACAUGUUUGUACAUAAAAAUGAUAUCAAGAUGAUGCUUUGGUCGGGCUGGCUGACGGAUACCUUGGUAUUCGUCUAUCAAGCGGUCUCGGUGAGAAAGGAAUUCAAAGUAAUUUAAAGUGUCAAGUUCCAUUACAUUGUAAAUAACGCACCCCCCGGCAACGUAGUUCUGCAGUUUGUUCUUUGCUAGUGAGCCAGUCUGGUCCAAGUGUAUGCCUUUCCUUUUAGAAUUAAUCUCUUUAAAAAUUAUCCAAUAGCAUUUCACUGCAUAACAUCCUAGCUCCUAAUUCAAAGCAAGGUAAGACAUUACACACAGCCCGGCUUCCCCCUGUCCUGUUUGGGAAAACAACGAUUCGAAUUAAAGCGGGCAUCAGUCAUCCUGACCCACAAAGUGACUCACCUAAAAACUAUAAAACUGUAGAUAGUUAUAGGCUGAGCCUUCAGCCCUAUACGUACAUAUCUGUAGUUUCGACAGCAACCUCAGGCGCCCUGUGGCCCACCGACACUGGGGAGGGUCAUGCUUACGGCGCGAGGCUGGGCAGAACAGGGGUUCAGAGAGCGAUGGGGACACACCCAUCCUCCUUGCUCUUAGCGCCCAGGACUGCCCCACGUCUCUGGUGCCCCUGCCCUCUGCCUACCAGAGCACUCAGGAAAUGACCAGGACGCAGGAUCUAUGUGUGCUUCUUCCAGGGAUAUUUGCUUUUAAGCCUUAAUUCUAGUUGCAACUGAAAGGCUUGGUCCCCUGAGAAGGCGGGUUUCAGAGUAGGCGAGCAGGCCGCUCGUACAGGAAGCUGCCGCUGGUCCCAGGGCGCCUGCUGGCUGUGAGGUCAGGAGCGUGGAUACAGCCCCAGGGGACUCAGCCUGUGAAUGCUGAAAAACACCAUCCCAAGACCGUGGGCGAUGCCAGGAGUUCUCAGCCUCAGCACUACUGACAUUUGGCAUGGUGGGCGAGGGUGAGAGGGGUAUUUGUUGUGGGCUCCUGCCCUGUGCACUACAGGAUGUUGAGAAGCGGCCCUGACUCACCAGAUGCCAGUAACGCCCCAAAUUAGUCGUGACAGGUAGAAGCGUCUGCAGACUCCCUGGCUGAGAACCACCGGCUUAUGCUGGCAGUCUGUCACGCGUCCAUACGUAGAGUGACGCGUGAGGCGUCCACGCUGGGGUCCCCGGAAAGCCUGUACCGCGAGGCUGGGGGCUUCAUCUCGACACCCACGAGCAGGCUUUCCCAGGUCUGCAGUGUCCUGCCAGGUGGGGCAGGUCGGUAAAAUGAGGGGAGCCUCUCACAGAAGCCAAUCCGUCAGGUCUCACUCUGUAUUCCCAACAUGUCCCCAACCCACCCCCAUUCCAAGAAAGCAAAACUCCUUACCCGUGUUUUUGCCUGCCCGCUUUUUGCCUUCCACUUUUGACUGGAAGGAACUUCGGAGGGGUGUGGCCUUCAGCUGGUCAAAAAAAAUCUAAUCAGGUAUCAUCAAAAAGCUAUUCAAGGCGUAUAACUGAUUCACUUUGUUAUAAAGCAGAAACUAACCACUGUAAAGCAAUUAUACUCCAAUAAAGAUGUUAAAAAAAAAAAAAAAGCUAUUCAAGGCCUAUGCAGGUCCUGGGAAAUCUCGGCUUUUCUUCUGCAAGUGAGCCAGGAGCUAUACAUUGGUCACAUUCUUUGAUCCACAGCUUUAACUUUAAACGGACUCUAAGACAGUGAAGAGUCGGUUUGGGGCAGGAGACCAGGCUCAGCCCUCAGAAACGCCUCUCCUUUAACCUGGUACCGGUGCGGCCAAAUCUCUUCAGUGUUUCUGUGCCUCAGUCUCCCCGCCUGAACGUGGGGGCGGCCACACUAACCUACCUCGUCUGGUGUGCUGUGGGGAACACAGGAGAACGCUCCUUACAGAAGAAAGUGGCACAUUUCAUCUAUGGCGUCCAGGCUAAGAGCUCACAUUCAGAGGACGUGCGGUGACCUUCCCGAGCAUUCUCUGACCAGUGUCUUCCAUCCAAGCCUCUUGCGACCAGGAGCACGUGUUGAUUACACAGCUGCCUGGCCGCGAGGGGGUAAAACCGGCUUCACGUGAGCACAGAGAGAGCAACACAGCAGCUGUUCCCACUGUCAGAGCAGAAGAGCCGUCAGCAGGCUACGCGGCAGUGUCCCCAAAGGCGUCUGCAGGCAGAGACCCCCUUGAAACAUGGAAGGAGAGUGACCGCCUUCCUGCCUCCUUGGUUACCUUAGUUCUAGUAUCUAAGGGAUCCCCCAGCCGAUGACGUGUCUCCUCUGUUUCCAAAGAUCUCAGCAGAGGGAGCGGCUUUGAAAGCCAGCGUCUAAGCGUGGAAGGCCGGUUAGGCGGCGGGGCUGCUCUCAUCACAGGCUGGGACUCACUUGCGCUACCCGGUAAGGGGGGCUCCUGGCUUUCGCGAUGAACCAUGACGACUUGAGUCAGGAGGUGGGAGCUGAAGGUCCAGGCAAAUCUCUAAGCCGCAGGAGGCAUCGCCUUCUCUCAAAGGGCGCGGCUCCCACAGGGCGGGGGCUGCCUGGCCGGGUCCCGGGAGACCCAGGGGACUCUCGGGCCAGCAAGGUGGGCACUGGUCCCCAGGCCAGGCCCUCAGGAAGCCUCCAAGGAGAGUCCAAGACAGGCUUCAGGUGCGGAAAAGUGACUGCUUGCGGCUGUGGACGCAGGAGCGUGGCGGAUGCUUCCUGGGGGAGGCUGCGGCCUGGGGAGGGCCUUUGCGACUCCUCACCUGGUGGCCGGACGGCCCAGACCCCGGGGUUGCUCAGCACCAAGAGGAAGUGCAGAGCGAGCAAAGCAGAAAACGUGAAAUGCAUGAUGUAGAAUUGCUGCUUUCGCACUAAACUGUUGUAUCAAGCAUGAGAGAUGUGUGUUUAACGUUGGCAAAGGAAUUUUAAGAGUAACAAAAAGCUUUGUGUCCUUGUUUCGGCUGUCGACAGAACCUCCACUUUCCUGUCUUUCUUUACCCCGCUCUCUCCCUCCCCCCGUCCCUCCCCCACCGCACCCACUUUCUGUUGGGAGCUGUUGGCAUUUGGUGGCAGCUCUUGGUCCCGUCGGUGUUCACGUUCAACUGGAAACACGGAGGAGGGAAGUGGGGGGAAGGUAUGCAACUUUUUUCUAAUUUUUGUAUUGGUAUCCCAAGCGUUUGUAUUUUUUGAAUUGCAGACACUGUGUUUUCUGGUCCUUGGGGGUUGGUUGAACUUCGUGUAUUGCCUUUUGGAAAACCUGAGUUUUACCACAGUCUUAAGCAGAUUUGAAAUAAAUUCUUUUGACACUGCCAA